GAUUGCUUGUGGACUGCGCCUGCGCACAUCUGGAGCUAAAAGUUCUCAACCAGAGGCGGUGCUCUGGUCUCCAGGCAACGGGAUAACAGAGGUGGACAGAGAGCGCCUGCGUGGACGGCGGUUGGGUUUAGUCAGGUGUGGAAAACUAGGUCUUGGGGAUUUUCCCUGAGCUGGAGCGGCCCCCGAGCGCCUCAGGCUUCGGUCCAGGCACUGAAUGGCUGGUCUCCAGUUGGCUCCACAUCUGCCUGUGGGCGUUAUGUUCCCACAUAAUAAAACAGAAGCUCCUGGACUCCACUCAGCUAAGCACGACCCUUACGAACAAAGUGACUCUUCCCAGCGGCCCUCGAUGGGACAUUUGAGGAAUAGUUUCCAGUCGAAGCUUUGGAGCAACACAGAAAUGGAGCAGGAGGACGAGGUCUCCACCCGCCCCAAAAGGAACGUCUGCACAAAAGCCCGGAGGCACUCCUGUCCCCACAGUGCAGGAAUCAGGCAGCAAGGCUCAGGGAACAAUGCCCAGGGCCAAGGAAAGGGUCUGUUUUACUUGUCUAGUCCGACACCCCGGUAUCCCAAAGCAAAUGACCAGGACUUCAUUCCCUUUAGGAGGAAACGAGUGGGAGUGGAUCGGGCUUACCCACUGAAACCCAUGGUCCACCGGAAGUCACAUAGUACAAGUGAUGCGGGCGCAGACGGGGACCAGAAUGGCUACCCAAGACUCCCUGACUCAAGUGAGUUUUCAGACAACAGCUUUGGUUUAAGGAGCUGGGUGAAUUCAUCUCUUCUUGCCUCUGUGCAGGCAGAGAAGGUCGUGGCGGAGCUCCAUAGGACCGAGUGGACCCAGAUCCAAAGGCUCGAAGCUGCAGGGGAGAGUUUACAGAAGGAGAUCCGCAGAAAGGAGAUUCUCCUACAAGAAAAGCUGAAGAAGACAGAGGAGGGUCUUCGAAGGAUGCAGAAGGAAAAGAAACAGGCCAUUUUCCAGGAAGACAGAGAGCUACAAAGGAUGGUACUACCUAGAAGGAGGGUUCGAGAUGGUGACCAUGACACCCCACACAAACCCUGCUUGUCCCCAGAGUUCAGGUCUGAGGUAUUCAGUAGAAACAGGGGAGAGGAUCAAACUUGUGAUCAGGCUCAGGAAAACCCUAGUCCACGCCAGCUCUCUGAUUAUGAACUCCAAAAGCUCAAAAGGGAAAGACUGAUGGCCAGUAACAGUAAAAUCCGAGAUCAAGACGCAGGACCCUCAGCAGACGCGUUCUUUCAACCGGCAGAGGAGCUGGGCAGUACACUGCAGGAGUCAAGUCGGUCCGGGACACCAGGCUCCUCUGGGUCCAGCUCCUCCACAGAAGAGCCAGAGCUGGCCAAGUGCAGCCACUGUGGACGAUCGUUUCUUUCCCUCAGGCUGCAGAGACACUCCACCGUCUGUGGCAAGAUGCAAGGGUCCAAAAGAAAAGUGUUUGACUCUUCCAGGGCCCGGGCGAAGGGCACAGAACUAGAGCAGUACUUGAACUGGAGGGGACCAGCCACAGCCAAGGCUGAAACUCCGCCUCCCCCUCGGAAGAGCACCUGGAGACAGAAGCACGAGUCUUUUAUCCGUACCCUCCGGCAUGCGCGACAGGUCCAGCAGGUAAUCGCCAGAGGUGGCAAUCCCUCAGACUUGCCUUCCAUCCUGCCUGCAGACAACCCAGACUAUGUUCAGUGUCCUCACUGCAGCCGCCACUUUGCUCCCAAGGUGGCUGAACGCCACAUACCUAAGUGUAAGACCAUCAAGAACCGACCACCGCCGCCAAGGAGGCACGACAGCUGAGCAGAAAAUGGCAGAAACCAACCCCACUCAGGCUGUGCUUCCCUUCAGCAGUAAACCAGAGAGUAAGGGAUGGGAAGCAGGGAGAUAAACUUCUCCAGAGCUCAGGAUCUGCCUGCGGGGCAAAUUGACCCCUGAGGGCAGCCACUGCUACGUGGCAAGAGACAAACAGAAGCCCCAGCUUCUCACUGAAUCAGAACUUGGCUGAGUGUUUAUGUUCUUGCCUGAAGACUUGGUAGGUGAGGACUGCAUUAAAGCUCUCUUUUCCUGAGCCUGACCAUGGUUUGUGCUGGUGAAGUGCCCCAAUCCGCAUCCCCUGGCCACGGCACAUGUCCAGGGGUUCUGUUAGCCCUUCUUGCUCUUGAAAAUUGGGAUAUAAAGAAGAGAGAGUGGGGUCGGAGUACUACUGUCACACAGAUGGUAACUCUUAUAAAAGGCAGUUCGACUAUGCAGUGAGGUGCUCAUAAUGGAAGUCUGUUCUUGGCCUCCAUGGGCCACAGUCCUGGCUGAAAGCCAACAAAAGUAUGGACCGUUAGGGAACCAGUGUAUCCUAACCCUUCCCUGUGGUGUACUGUAUAAUGAAAUAGCUUUAUGCUCUUCACAGAGUAGGGGUGGGUAGAAAAGUUUUACUUCUCUGUACUUGUUCUCUUUAAAUGUGUUUCCUAUGUUGAUGGAAGAAGUGGCUGGUAUCCUUUCAAAUAUGACUGUGUGGCUGUCCGCCUCGAGGCAGCAGAGCCUGUCUAAGCAAGUGUGGACAAUGCUCACUGUUUUUCAUGGCCCAGAGAUCAGAACAUAGUCGUGCUUCUAUUUUAAACUCUGAAAGGGAUCAGGUCUUCUUAACCGUGGGAAGAGUGCCCACUUCAAGUUAGGCCUUCAACUAAUGGAUUUGGGGAGCUUAAGAAGGUUGGCUGCUUAAGCUCUUAGGACCACUGGGUCUUUAACCUGACAUGCCCUCUCCCCCAGGCAAGUUCACUGAGGAGUACACAAUGUUCUUUAUUCCAUGUAACAAAUACGCCACGGCUAAAAUCACAAGGUCGCAUCCCCACAGAUGUUCAGAGUUUAAAAUGAUUUACGAGUGUUUUGACCACAUGUAUGUAUGUGCACCAUGUGCACGCCUGGUGCCUGCAGAAGUCAGAGGGUGUUGGAUCUCCAGAUACUGGAGCUGCAGAUGGUUGUGGGUCACCAUGUGUGUGCUGAGGACCCAGGUCAUCUACAAGAGCAACAAGUGGUCUUAACCUCAGAGCCAUCUCUCCAGCACCCCCACCCCAUUCAUAUAACAUUCAUAAAUGUUACGAAGCAUUUCAAAUGAUCUUCUGACCCUGGGGUAGGAGCAUGUCUUGGCAAUCUGGAGGCUGUGGAAACACUGGGCAGCAACCUACACGGGGCACACUGGAAGGAGUUCAAAAUCUGCUGCUCUGCUCCUUCUAGAGGGAAUGAUGGCAGACAGAACCAGAUUCCCUGCCUCAUCUGCUGGGCCUCCUGAGCAUAAGGAUUUGGGAUCCAUUAUGAUGUUAUUAGAGUCAUAGGUUAGAGCUCUCAAGAGGGAACAAGUGUGUGUAGGGCUUUCUCCAGACGUGGCACUUACUCAUUUUUAAGGUACCAAGGAGAAAACAAGCAGCUGUCUUUGUAUUCCCUGCGACCUUGAUUGUCAGCCUUGGGAAUUUAGCUAGCUCCAACUCUGGGGGAGGGAAGGGCCCCGUUACAAGCUCAACUAGAGAUCACGCAGGUACUGCUUGCCAAUGUCCAUGGACUUUAAGCACACGUCGUAAACAGUAUACAUUUUAAAGUUCCAAAGCUCUGGGAAAUUCUCACAGUCAAACUCCUGAGGUGCUCUUUCCAUUUAGAAAUGUGUGCAGACAUGUUGGGGCAAAGACUUCCUAGUUCACAUAGCACAGUGCCUCUUGUCAACAUUUGCUUUCGGUCAGUUGAUCAUUCUUCACAACCACACAGAUGGCAAGCAGAGCUGGGAUGUAGAUCUUCCUCCUCAAAGCCCAUGACCCGUGAGGUUUAAUGACCGGCGUAUUUAUGUCGGCAGUUAAUCACUGAGGCAAUAAAUGACUUCUGGCUUUGCAGGGCAUCUCAGAGUCCUGACCCUGCCUCCUGCUAUCAUGACUGGUACUUCCUUUGAGGCCUGGGGAUCUCAUAUAAGUAACUUUCUCUAAAAUACAUAUUUUUUUUCCUUGGCUGUUCCUCCCAUCAUAAAUGUUUCUGAAUAGAUAACAAACCAGAUGAAAUUUGAGCAUUAGAAGCCUUUUGCUUUAAACUUUAGUGUGAUGUUCAGCCAAGAGCAACAGCUGUUGUGCCAAGGAGACCAAGUUCAACUCAGCUUUCUUGAGGAAGUUUUAUAGACAAACUGGCAUGAUCACUUGGAAAAGUCUCCCCAUGAGAACCAAGGAGGUGUGUAGAACUCUGAUUCUUCUCAAUGUUAUGUAGGCCCAUGGUGUGUAUGAGUGCAGGCAUGCACACGCCAGUGUGUGAGACCACACACAGCUGUGUGGACUCUGUAGGUUGGACUCUGGUCACCUUGAGUGCCUAGCAAGCCACUCUUGACCUGCUGACAAUCCUUCCUUUAAUGGCUUUUCCCCCUUCUGCACUUUCUAAAUUUUUACAAACUUCUGGGGAAAAAAUUGUUUGCUUUUUUUUUCUGGCAAGAAUGAGAUUGGAAAACAGCAGAGAUUAUUUCCGUG